UGCCCGACCCCGGCUAUCACGUGACCGCGCAGGCGGGCCUGAGGGUGGAAUUGUCUCAUCUGGCGCGUGCGCAGUGGAGGCGGGCGCUGAAAUUCAAAAUCCUAAGAGCGGUUUGGGGUGGUGGUUUAGCCACUCCUGGAGCAGCGCGAGAAGGGACCGAGCGGGGGGCGCCGGGCAGUAGCAGCAAUGGACCCCUUCACCGAGAAAAUAAAACAUCUGAAGAAUUGUUCUCCUAACUCCAAAGAGAUGACACUGAGAAACUUCUUGAACGAACCCGUGCCAGGCGAGAGAACUUGCAGAAGAAAAUGGCUGAGCGACCCACAGCAGGAAUGAGGCCCACGAUGCAGACAAAGAGAACUAGAGAACCUUUGUCAGAAACUAGUAACCAGUCACCUUUGCCCAGUGAAGAAGUGAAACCUAGUACAAAGCCGUCCCCAUCAAAAAGGCUCUGUCCUGACAGCAUGGAGGUUCCCGUUUCUAGUUCAGAGAAUAGACAGCCAGUUAAUUCAACGUCCAUGAAACAUCUUCCUACUGAGAUGGCUGAACAGCCACAAGCAACUGCAAAAAACAGGGCUCCCUCAGUUCAGCCUGUUCCACUGCUUGUUGAGAAGGAAGAGCAGAACUUGAAAUCUGAGGUACCUGUAGCCCUUACAGUCAAAACACGUAUGCAGAAACUGGCACAACAACGACGUUGCUGGGAUGAUAAUGAUCCAUCUGAAAGUUCUCCCCUACCUCCACUCCUGUCAAAAGAACAGGCUGUUUCCCCACCCAAACAGCCAUCUCUCGCAAGUGAUACCCCAGUUGGGAGAAAAGGCCGUUUAGCUAACCUUGCUGCUACAAUUGGUUCCUGGGAAAAUGAUCUAAGUCAUCCAUCUGCAAAGCGAAACAAUACACAAGAACAGCCUGGCACUACUUGUUUAUCCAAAUUGUCCACUACAAGUGAAGCAUCUGCUCGAAUCAAUAGCGGCAGUGUAAAGCAGGAAGCUGCAUCCUGUUCUCAAAGGGCUGUUGAGGUAUCUGUAAAUAAAUCAGCAACCUCUAAGAUAUUGGGACCAAAUUACUUAGCAAAAUCCUCUAGAGUAACCAGUCCCAGUCCUAAGGAACCUGAGGUACCACAACUAUUAAAGAAGCUCUGCAGCCCCCAGAAAACAGAGGAACUUAAGCCAACAGUAAAACCAAUCUUAGCCCAGCCAGUUCAGUCCAAAGAAGAGCCAAUCAAAAGAACACAUGUGCAACUUGAACAUAAGGAUAAGCCUACAACACCAGGGGGAUCAGGAAUCAAACCCUUUCUGGAACGUUUUGGAGAACGCCUUCAAGAGCAUAGCACUCAAAGUCCUGCUACAACUACUACUGGAUACAGAACACCUAUUAUUACCCCAAACACAAAGACAAUCCAGGAAAGACUUUUCAAACAGAAUGAAACAUCCUCCACUGCCAGUCUAGCACAACAGCUCAAGCAGGAACGUGAAAAGGAACUUGCUUGUAUUCGUGGCCGGUUUGACAAGGGCAGUCUGUGGAGUGCUGAGAGAGGUGAAAAUUCAAAAAGCAAACAUCCAGAAAUUAAAAUGGAAAGCCAAGCUCAAGCUAGUUCAAAACAGCUCACUAGUUCAGAUACUACUUCGCUUGUAGCAGCAGAAAAGACCACAGCAUCUGAGAUACCAGUAAAAUCUCUCUCCUCAGAAUCUUCAGAUGCUUCAAAAUGUGAAGAGACUGAAAAACUCAGUCCCCUGAAGACCACGUUGCUAAAGAAUCCACUAAAAGUAAUAUCUGUCUCAAAGCUUGAGCAAUUUACAGAGAAUGAGAAUGAUGCAGUAUGUGAAAUUGAGAUGAGUGUGAAUGAUAAAAUGAAUAGCUCAAAGGUAAUAAAUGACAUCUUUGAUGAAGUUCUUCAAGAGGAUGGACUAGACAUAGAAAAACUAAAGAAAGAAAUGCGUAUGAACCUGGAAGCUGAGAGUGAUGAUGAGCAGGAAGAGUCACUGAAUAUUUCAUCAAUGUCCCUGCUAACUCCGUUAGCAGAGUCUGUUGGUGUUGUAAGUCCAGAGGUUUUUGUUUCCCCUAGUAGGUCAGUUGCUGAGAGCAGCAGUAUAAGUGAUGAAAGUCCAAAGUCUGGCAAAUUCCAAAGGACGCGGGUCCCUGGUGCAGAAUCUGGAGACAGUAUUGGCUCUUUGUCAGAAGAUCACAACCUUUUAUAUAGCAUUGAUGCUUAUCGAUCUCAAAGAUUUAAAGAAACAGAUCGUCCUUCAAUAAAGCAAGUGAUCGUUCGCAAAGAAGAUGUUGCUUCUAAACUAGCAGUAAAAAGGAAUGGAACUUCUGAUCAAGUUAAUAUUAAACAGAAAAUGCAAGAGCUGAAUAAUGAAAUCAGUUUGCAGCAGACUGUGAUUCAUCAGGCCAGCCAAGCUCUGAACUGCUGUAUUGAUGAGGAACAUGGAAAAGGGUCACAAGAAGAAGCUGAAGCAGAGAGACUUCUCCUUCUUGCAACUGAAAAGAGAAAAGCUUUGCUUGAAGAGCUCAACAAAUUGAAAAACGAGGGACCUCAGGGCAAAAAAAAUAAAGCUGCUUCUACGCCCCGUGAAUUUGCUCCGUCCAGGGGAUCUGUUACUCUUUCAGAAAUGCGACUACCUCUGAAAGCAGACUUUGUCUGCAGUACAGUUCAGAAACCAGAAGCAACUAACUACUACUACAUAAUAUUGUUGAGAUCGGGAGCAGAAAACAUGGUAGCAACUCCCGUAGCAAGCACUGCAAAUUCCCUAAAUGGAGACGCUCUUACUUUUACUACAACGUUUACUCUGCAAGAUGUGUCCAAUGACUUUGAAAUAAAUGUUGAAGUUUACCAUUUGGUACAGAGAAAAGAUGGCACAGGCACUACUGAUAAGAGGAAAAAGACAAAUAAGUCAAAGGUUAUUACUCCAAAGAGAUUAUUGACAUCUAUUACUACUAAAAGCACCCUUCUUACGCCAGUCAUGGCCAGUCCAAGUGGCCCCAAUGCCGUGCGCACUAGUAACUUUGUACUUGUUGGAUCUCACAAGAUUUCCCUGUCUUCAAUAGGGAACUCCAAAUUUACUUUGGACAAGAUAAAUUAUGGAGGGAAGGAAAGAGAGCUACUGGACUUUAUGUUCCAGGACAAGGUUCCCUUUUUGUCUCCUUUGGAAGGCCAUAUACAUCUAAAACUAAAAUGUCAAGUAGACUCCUUUGUGGAGGAAAAAGGAUUUUUGACAAUGUUUGAAGAUGUUAGUGGAUUUGGGGCUUGGCAUCGGCGCUGGUGUGUACUUUCUGGAAACUGUAUCUCUUAUUGGACAUAUCCAGAUGAUGAAAAGCGAAAGCAUCCUAUGGGCCGGAUAAACUUGGCUAACUGCACUAAUCGUCAGAUUGAACCAGCCAACAGAGAGUUCUGUGCCCGACCCAACACUUUUGAGCUAAUCACUGUCCGACCUCAGAGGGAAGAUGAUAAAGAGACUCUAGUCAGCCAAUGUAAAGACACUCUCUGUGUUACCAAGAACUGGUUAUCUGCUGAUACUAAAGAAGAGCGUAACCUUUGGAUGCAAAAACUCAACCAAGUUCUUGUUGACCUUCGUAUGUGGCAGCCUGACGCAUGCUAUAAACCUAUUGGAAAGCCUUGAAACUAUGAGGAAAAUUGCCAUGAGAUUUUAUGUACAAGAAAACAAACACAAACUACAUUAUAAAUCCUUAUAUAUAUAUAUAUAGGAUUGUCUAAGGUCCUCUGGGUUACUUAUUAUACUUCAUGCUUUAAAUCUGGAAGAGUAUGUGCCAUUCAUUAUACAGGACUAUAUUAUGCAGUAUUUCUCUGUUAGAAUUUUAACUGAUCUUUUUUUCCUAGCAUUAAUGAGUGUGAUAGGAAGCAAUUAAGUUCUUUGUGCUAAAUAUUAAUAUAAACUUCCACUUUUUGGAAAUCUAUACAGCUUAGUAUGUUCUCUUAAAAUACCAGUUUAUUCUGAAACAGCUAAAUCAGGACUUCACAGGAAAUCAGAAAUUUCUUGUAAACCACAAGUGUUACUAGUUAACUGCAUUUUCCUUAAGGGAACAGCGACUCAUCAGAGUACACACAGUUUACUAGGUAGGGUGCUGAAGCAGGACAGAACUUCAGUGCUUUGAGGUUGUUAGUAAUUCUUCCUUAGGCAGAAAAGUUGCCAGUUUUGUGCACUUUUCAGAGCGCAGUAUAAACUUUCACUUGUGGAAACUACUUGUGGUCAGAACAAAAAAUGUACAGAUACAUGCAUAACUGUUUCUUACAUUCUUAAUCUUGUCUGCCAUUUCUUAUGGACAAAUGCAUGGCACACGCUAUGUGGUUUACAGGAGUUGAAUUAUGUAUGCGGUAUGUUGCACAUUUUCAUAGAAAUAAAAUGUCUUGAAUAUUUUACUAGGGUUUUAUAAAUUUAGUUUCAAACUGCCCUAAUUAUGGUUCCUGAAUCUCAUGAUUUGUACAGACUGUAAUUCUCACUAUUCCGCAUUUGAGCACCAGGAAAAUAUAUUGUAAAAUUGUUUCGUUUUUUUAUAAAACUCAACAAAGCUGCUAUAUACCAACUAAUACUUUUCUGGCCAUAAGUAAUACCAUAGAGUUGGCUGUAAGUGUAGGUAAAACUCUCUUUACUUCAAGCCAUCAGUAAAAUGGCAGAACUACUCAGUUGAAGUCCAAAUAUGAAAUGUUCACAAGCUUUCCACCGCGCUUAGUAUAAAGUACUACAGCAUUUUAAAUUGCUAUAGGCUGUUAAAUUUUCACACUUGAAACACUAAAUUCUGUCACCUAUACCUUUUUCAUCCUGUCAUUUUGUACUAUCGCUCUUGAAUCUAGCUUUUUGUUUUUUUGGAAGGGGGGAUCUUUAAAUAUUUCAGAUUCAUGUAUUAAGAUUUAUUUUAUUUCCUUUAUGUAAAGAAUAAAAACACUGAGUAAGCUUCUCAGAAAUGGGUUAUUUGCAGUCAUAGAAGUAAACUUUGGAUUGGAGGGGAGAAGAGUGGCUGUGAAGGAAGUGUAUAACAUUUCAGGGCUUCUAGUCCAUAUAAGAUGGUGGAUUGGGUUGUGCUCAGUGGUGGGGAAGACUGACUCGUAUAUUGUUGAGGUCUGGCCCAUAUUGUGCUAAGUCUGUAGUGAUCUGACAAUUGUCUGGUCUGUUUGAUAUAUUCACUCCAGUUCAGUGGUCAAGUAAUCAAGCUACAAACCUCUACCCUCUUGGCAACUUCAUCAGAGACCAAGUGUUGGGUAUGGGGCCUAGUGGUGGUCCAACCUGGUCAGGACUGAAGCAUGUUGACAGGGCAGCAUAAAGCUUGUACUUCCACUGUCUAUGCUCUAUCUGGAUAGAGGACUUUAGUCUCCAAGUUUAUGCACCUAUCUUCCUUGACAAGUGAACAGCUUCCAGGAAAACUGCAAAGAAAGUCUCUGGGCCACCAGUAAUGGACACACUCAAAACAUAAGCAACGCUCAAAGCAGAGUCAAGGGAGACCUCUCAAGUUGAGGGUAAUGGAGCUGAUGACAUAUGAAAUGUAGGUACUUCAGAAUUCGAUGCGAGUUACAGAAAACUGCCCUCCCUGCUUUUUUUUAUCAGGCCUGUCUACGUGAAUUUAAAUUUUAUUGAAAUGAAAACUUUGGACUCUAUUUUGAACUUCUGACUAUUUAAUUUGCAUGCUGUUCAUGAUCAAUCUCAUUUUGAACUGAAAGCAGUCCAAACUCCUGAGCAGCUUAAAAAGCUUCUGUUGCCAACAUAAUUCCUGCACAGCGAUGGGUAUAUUUGAUACCUUGUAACUCCAAAGCUAGAACCUUCUUCUCCAUGUGUCAGGGGAAAUGCCUUGUCCCAACAGAAAGCCAGGGACUCCCAUCCUUCUAGUAGCUAGUUUCCAGUUCUAGUAAAACUCCAAGAGAUUGGAUCCAAAAUUUUAUGUGUAUGGAAGUGUUUUUAAAACUUUGUAAAACUGAGAUCUAUAGAGUAGGUCUUAUUGUACAAAGGGAUCGUAGCUUUAUAAGUGGAAGGAUAAAAGAAUAGUGCAUUUCUAAAUUUUAGUCUGUAAAUACUUGGUCUGUUCAGAUCCCAUGACAAGCUGAUGUGAGAAAUGUCUUCUCAGAGUUUCAAUGUCCUGCCUAACUCACUCGAGGGUAUUAGUCAAUAAACCUGGGUGAUAAAACA